GCCAGAGUCAGAUGCUUCUGGCCAAGCUCAAAAGUAGCUAGAUUCCCAUAGGGGUCUAACGCAAGGUGAGGAUGCUUACGGAACAGUGAAGCAGCAGAGCCUCCCAACACUGAAAGCGCAGCCAUGUCUGGAAUGCCAUUCGAAGGAGAGGAAGGUGAAGAUCAUCGAGCUAAACAGGUAAAGCCAAUAGAAUCCCAAGAGGAGAAAAUUCAUGUAAUGCACAGGUCUUUACAUAACAUAGCCAUUCAAGUACAUGAUCUGCGUAAUUGUGCUGACGAUCUUCUGGCUCAAAUAUCCAGAGAGGUUGCUGAUGUCUCUUGCAGAUUUAUGGUUUUGCAGAAACGUUUAAUCCAGUUAAUGGAUGUUAUUACCCACCAGGAUACGAACAAAGAAUCUCAUUUACCAGCUACAAAAUCCAAGGAGGAUGAAGAAAUUACUCUUGCAACAGAGCAGGUGUCCACUUCCCAGCCAUUACUUGUUAUAGUGUAUGACAGAUGUGAUGCUUGUGGGCAGAUAUUAGCUUUCCAUAUACCUACUUUUAAUUACCUGCAUGAUACAGGUUUAAAGGAUUUUUCUGAUAGUACUUGCAGUGUUGGAAUUUGUAAAGCGAAUAUUGUAGCUGAGAGUAAAGAACAAAAGCAAGAGAAACUGAAGGAGCAGGAGCACCUCUAUCAUCCCAGUGAACCAGAGAGUGCGCCUCUACGUCAAAGCAUACAAGAUGAUGUUUUAGUGGACCCCAGCCAAGCUGCCUGGGGAGAGAUGUGUCAUUCAUGGGUGUAUCAACCGGUGGAACGUUUCUCAUUUCCCACGCAUUCAUUUGGGUGUGAAGUAAGUAGGUUUUUAACUGGAGCUGGAGGAAAAACAUUAGCCAGCCCUCUGUAUUCACUAAGGAGUGGACAUGAAUACCUGAAAGACACACAGAAAUAUGUCCGUUAUGGAAUUGGGAAGGGAGAAAAAGUGGAACCCCAACGUCCCAUUCAUCAUAAAACAGAGGUGUUUGUGAGCUCCACCGCACCACCCUCACCACCUCCAUCACCGCCUGAUUGGCUUGCUCGCCUGAGAUGGCCAAAGAGGGCAGAGGAUCCUGGAGCCAUCCAUUCCCCAUCUCAGUCUCCAUCCACUGUUUUGGGCACUGCAGCCACACCCCGACUUCUAUGCCUGCAGACUAUUCCUGAGGCAGGUCUUCCACUUCCUCCAACUAAUGUAGACUUAUCUGCACCUGUACCUGAACUUGUUCAAUAUUGUGAAGUGCUUACCCAUGAUCUACUUCUACUGGAGGAAGAUGAAGGACAGUCUCCAACAAUGUCUCCUCCUCCUGCAAUGUCAUGUAGAACUAAAAUAAAAGACAGAGUUACAAGUCGAGUUGGCCGUGCCCCAGUUAUGCAGUCACCAGCAUCUGUAGUUUUUCCAUCUACAAGGUCUGCAUUUGCACAAUCAUCAAAACCUUCUGCUACAAGAGUGACGAGAUAUUCAGGUCAGUCAACGACAAGAUCUUCACUUUCUCCACCAUCAAGAUAUCUCGUUGCAUUAGCAAAAUCAUCACCUGCGCCAUUAUCAGGACAUUCAACUCUAAAAUCUUCACAAUGUUCAGCUCUACUGUCAUUAUCUUCACAUCCACGAGCAUCACAAGUUUCGAUUCCAUCAGGACAACAUUCUCGUGCCCAGCCACCAAGACGUUCACUUGCCCAGUCAAGGAGUGGUUUACAGUCAACAAGACCUUCAGUUGUACAAUCAAAGCACUGAUUCCACCGCAACAAAGAUCAUCAAGUUCAACAUCCACACGGUCUUCUGUGCCUCAGUCACACUUUUCUUCUACGCAGUCACCAUCAUCAUCCCUUUCACGCCCUCAAACUCUUACAAUGAGCCAACCUUCAAAAGCUCCUGUUAAUUCUGGGGCAGAACAAUCUUCAUGAAGUCCAUCAGCAUUCAGCAGAGCAAGUAGUGCCCUAGUGGAAGCAGUAAGAAAAGACCUUCUGCCACGCAAAGUUGAAGAUCAGUGUCUACGGAAAGCCAAAGUAGAUAUUUCUAAAAAUGAAGCGAAUUCCAUCUUGAUCUGUCAGAAAACAGUGGGAUGCAAUGCUGGUAAAUCAGAGAACAAGGCCGGUUCAGUGGA